AUGCCUAUCGACCACCAGCUCUUCUUCACUCUUCACAAAGUCACUGUCAACGAUAUUCGACCAGCCUCCAACGCCACUCUCAAGCCCACCUUGGAAGCCAUUUUGGAGGCAAUGGAUCGUGUUGAAACUACUAAGGAGACCUUUAGAGGUUACUUGGCAGAUCUGGAUGAUCUGAUGCAAUUAGAGGCUGAUUGUGAAGCUCUAGUCCAACAGCAACAGCAACAACAACAAGAACAAGAAGAUGUCGAAGAAGACGUCGAAGAAGAGGUUGGCUACUUGACUCCUACGGAAGAUGAAGCCUCCGACGUUGAGGAACUCCAGCCCUGGGAAGCAGCAAUGCAUGAGGACCCCUUCGACCACAAUUUCUAUAUAGUCUACAAAAAGUUCCAUACUUUGGCUACCCCUAAACAUGGUGCUCCUCUUACUUCGGUCAUCCUCGAGCUCAAUACCACUACGGUUGCUACUGCAUCAGCUUGUUGCAUUCACAGAGACGAAGAUAUAGAAGGCGUCAGCUUUUUUAGUUAUAUCUGUAACUACAACGAGCAGGAACCAGAGCAAAUUAUCAACCAUGCAAUCAGUGGAACCCCCUUUGAAGCUUUGGACCAAAAUUUAAUCAAGUCCAUCCGAGCUAUCUUAUGUGGUCUCGACUACCGUCUCGAUGACCAGCUAACCACGUCAUCGAAAAUCAAAGAUUUUCUCUGA